CAGGCGCCAGCGCGGCCGCGGGCCUGCGGAGCACGGACGCGCUCAGGAACGCCAGCCCCGACGCCGUGCGCGAGCCAGAGCGGUCUGGCAGCAAGAUCGAUCUGAGGACGCCGACUUCGUGCUGCAAGGCGCGGAGUACGUCUCCCGUGGCCACCCCGUGGAGCUCGGCCCCCAAGCUCAGGACGAAAAGCGCCCCGCCCGCCGCCUCGGCGAACGGGCGCGCGCCGCCCGCGCGCCGCCGGAAGCCCGAGACCAAAGGCCUCGAGACCCCACGGAGAGCGAGGGCCCCGGACGCCCCGGACCCGCGAGGCACCCGGGAGCCGGAGCCCCCGGGGGUCGUGCGAGCAUCGCCUGUGCGCCUGCACGAUCCGCUGCACCCGGAAGCCCUCCGCGGUCCCGGCAUGUACAGCCUCGCCCGGAGGGCCUGCGUGGGCAGCAGCUGCAUCAGGAACGGCGUGCCGACGUCGUCCAGCGUGGCGGGCUCCAUCAAGCCCGGCUUCACCUGGAGGGCCCGGACCGACCUCAUGCUUCGCGCCGCCGCGCACAUCCACCUCGGCCUCCUGCGCCUCGGGGGCGCCGAACGCCGAGAGGUACUGGAUCAUCUUCUGCUCCGUGAUGUGCCGCAGCGCGUUGCAGCAAAGGUCGACCCUCCCGACCACCUUGGCGGACCCGGCCGCGAUGAGGCCCCGCCCUGUUGCCGCGAGCGCAGCCGCUGCGAGACCCUCGAACGGCCGGCCCAGCUCGCCCGCGGGAUGCUCGAGCACCUCAUUCCAGACGCCGUAUACCCGCAGCGCCCAGCCGGCGUGGAGCGCAUCCGUGGCGCUGCAGGUUUGACAGCCAUUCUACAGCUGACGGUCUCCUCCCUGUCGACGCUCGAGCUCGGCGUCCUCGUCGAGUUCGGCGCCUGGGCGGAAUCGUAG